CAGCAGGGCGGAAACCGGGAUCAGCUGAUCGAGCUGUCCCCCAGGUGGUGCCGGGGAGAGGAAGCCGAGUCUGGCAGGCAGGCUGGCGGGGGAGGGAUGCUUAGUGGAUGGAGGAAGCCUCUGACAAGGAGCACUAUACAGCAAGGUGCGCCUACAGCAGCGAGGGGAGGCGCGCAGGCCCCGCACCACCUCUCCCGGCCACACGGGGGCAGUCUACUAGCAUAGGGGUGAGCAGUAGGGGGGCUUUUGUUCAGUCAGAGGAGCUGAUAAAUCCCCUCAGGGGGGCCCUGACAUAGUCCUCUGUAGCCCAGGCUGCUGCUGCUGCUACAUCCCCCUGUUUAUUGACACCAGAGGCAGGCUGGCAUAGGAAACAAAGGAAAGUGAGGAGAACAAAGAGAAGACAGGGGAAGGCUCCCCAGAGAGGGCACCGAGCUCUGCCUGUGACAGCAGCCUGCAUCUGCUCUGACAGCUCAUUUCUGGAGGAUCCAUCUCCCCAGAAGCAGGACAGGACCUAGAAGAAGACUUCUCCCCUGCUCCCAGCUAUCCUGGAGGAGGGGAACCUUGGAAGAAGCAAUAACUCCUUGGCAGGAGCAACUUCUGGAUCUCAGCAGCUCCAUUUUUGUACCAAGAUGUAAAAUGUCCCUUUGUUUUGGGAAAAGGAAACCAGUUGCUCCUUAGUUGUCCUUCUCUGCUCAGUGUAAAUAUUAUCCUUUAGGAAGUAGGGGCCGGAAGUUGGAGCUACCGUUAGUGUCCCAUUUCUAGCACUUGUAUGAGUAAAACAAUGCAGCCCCUGGGCUAUAACCCUGCGGACUCCGGGCCACGUCUUAUACCCGUCUUCACCCUCGUUUUUUUGUCUGCCGAAUGUUAGUGAUGUGUCGCUGGGUGAUUUAUAUAUAUAUUUCUUUUUAUAAAUUGACAGAGUAGGUUGAGCACAGUGUAUGUCUAACGGUCUGGGGAUUAAGAAAAGCACAAGAGUCCAAUACACCUCCUUGGGAGAGGUGAUGUAAAGGGCAGACACUUGGAUUUUUAUAAGAGAAUUUCUAUUUCAUCUUAGAAUAUGGAGACUGGUUCUUAAAGGAAAGUUCCGUCAAACAAAGGACUUGCGAUCCGAUAUAUAGAUAUAUUUUUAUGACAGUGAAUUUUUCAUCUUUUUUUUUCUCUCACCCAUUUGCACCAUAACCUCCGCAAGUCUCUUCCAGCUUUGACCAUUGGAUGUAAUGGAACUCAUGUUUGCAGAGUGGGAGGACGGCGAGAGGUUUUCUUUUGAGGACUCGGAUCGGUUUGAAGAGGACUCCUUAUGCUCUUUUAUCUCGGAGGCGGAAAGUCUCUGCCAGAAUUGGAGAGGAUGGCGCAAACAGUCAGCAGGGCCCAACUCCCCUACAGUCAAAAUGAAAGAUGGAUUUGUGAAUCCACUAGUGGAACUGUCUGCCAAACAAGUAGCGUUUCACAUUCCAUUCGAAGUGGUCGAAAAGGUUUACCCCCCAGUUCCAGAGCAGCUACAACUACGAAUUGCAUUCUGGAGCUUCCCAGAGAAUGAAGAGGAUAUAAGGUUGUAUUCAUGCUUGGCAAAUGGCAGUGCCGAUGAGUUCCAGAGAGGAGAACAGCUGUUUCGUAUGAGAGCCGUGAAGGACCCUCUACAGAUAGGUUUCCACUUGAGUGCCACUGUGGUCCCCCCGCAAAUGCUUUCUCCUAAAGGCGCCUACAAUGUGGCUGUGAUGUUUGACCGUUGCCGGAUCACGUCGUGCAGCUGUACCUGUGGAGCAGGAGCAAAGUGGUGCUCGCAUGUUGUGGCCCUCUGUCUCUUUAGGAUACACAACGCAUCAGCAGUCUGUCUGCGAGCUCCAGUUUCGGAGUCCCUGUCCAGGCUUCAGAGGGAUCAGCUGCAGAAGUUUGCGCAGUACCUCAUCAGCGAGCUGCCACAGCAGAUCCUGCCCACUGCUCAGCGUCUUCUGGAUGAAUUACUGUCUUCACAGUCAACUGCCAUAAACACAGUGUGUGGAGCCCCAGAUCCCACAGCUGGACCCUCUGCCUCUGACCAGAGCACUUGGUACCUGGAUGAAUCCACUUUGAGUGAUAACAUAAAGAAGACGCUCCAUAAGUUUUGUGGCCCUUCUCCUGUUGUUUUCAGUGAUGUCAAUUCCAUGUAUCUAUCAUCUACUGAGCCACCUGCUGCAGCAGAAUGGGCUUGUCUCCUGCGCCCUUUAAGAGGAAGGGAACCAGAAGGUAUUUGGAAUCUUCUGUCCAUUGUUCGUGAGAUGUUCAAGAGACGGGACACGAAUGCAGCCCCCUUACUGGAGAUCCUCACUGAACAGUGUCUGACGUAUGAGCAGAUAACAGGUUGGUGGUACAAUGUGCGAACAUCAGCAUCCCAUAGCAGUGCUAGUGGACAUACAGGUCGCAGCAAUGGACAGUCAGAAGUUGCUGCUCAUGCCUGUGCUAGUAUGUGUGAUGAAAUGGUUGUCCUAUGGAGAUUAGCAGUUUUAGAUCCUACCAUCAGCCCACAAAGACGACGGGACCUCUGUUCUCAGUUACGUCAGUGGCAACUAAAAGUCAUUGAGAAUGUGAAGAGGGGCCAGCAUAAAAAGUCUCUAGACAAACUCUUCCAAGGUUUUAAACCAGCAGUAGAGGCAUGCUAUUUCAAUUGGGAAGAGGCAUAUCCCAUUUCAGGAAUCACUUAUUGCAGCAGUGACAAGAAGAACUCUUUUUGUUGGGUCAAAGCGUUUCAACAGAGAACCUGCCGACUGCAGUGUUCUGAGGCGGUAUGCGAAGGUGGACGUGCACAAGGGCAUGAAAGCUGCCUACUCUUUGGAGAACGGUCACGUCCUUCUUCCCAGGAAAUGUCUGUACGCCCCAAGGAGCUUGUGGGCAAAAGGAAAGUGGCAUCUGAAGUACCUCAAAGAGUACUUAGGAGACUUUCUACAGAGGGUGGAGAGAAAGCUAUAUAUAAAUCUACAGUCAACAAAACAAAAUUACCAGCAAGUAAAUGUCUGGCCAACAAGCACAGUGGAAAGCGUCGAAUGAGUAGUGAAGAUAGUUCUCUAGAACCAGACAUGGCUGAAAUGAGUCUUGAUGAUAGUAGCUUGGCACUUGGUGCUGAAGCCAGUAAUACUUUCAGCUUCAUUGAAUCUCCUCUAAGUAGAUGUUACAGGGACAACUUUGAGGAUGAGGGUGGUGUUUACUAUUCAGAAGGUCUAGAGUCUACUGUCAUUGUAAGUGCUGCAGUGCCUAAACCUGAUGCAGGUGUGGAAACAUCUGCUGCUAAUGGCAGUGGAGAAGGGGAUUCAAUUGUUGCAGAUGAUGAGGAGAGAGGAAGCCUGAAGGUAGAGGCAGUGGCAGAAGAUGGAGCAGUGGGUGGGGGUGCAGGACACAGCAAAGCACCAGAAGAAGGUAAGAGUCGUGAAAAGGGUGAGGAUGAUGACUAUCAAGCCUACUAUGUAAACCCACAAGAGACAGCUAAAAAUGAAGAUGAGAAAGCAGAGGAAGGAACAGAAGAACAGGAUAUAUUUGCAGGAAUAAAGCCUCUGGACCAGGAAAACAGAAUGGAGGUAUUGUUUGCUUGUGCUGAGGCUCUGUAUGCUCAUGGAUACAGCAGUGAAGCAUGCUGUCUUACAGUGGAACUAGCACAUGAUCUAUUGGCUAAUCCUCCUGACCUCAAGGUUGAGCAGCCCCCAACCAAGGGUAAAAAAAACAAAGUUUCAACUAGUAAGCAGACGUGGAUAGCAACAAACACAUUGUCCAAAGCAGCCUUCCUUCUGACUGUGCUAAGCGAGCGGCAGGAAUACCACAACCUGGCCUUCUGUAUUGGAAUGUUUGCCCUGGAGCUUCAGAGACCCCCUGCUUCCACCAAAGCAUUAGAGGUAAAGCUGGCAUACCAAGAAUCUGAGAUUGUCUCCCUUUUAAAGAAGAUUCCUUUAGACGUCAAUGAAAUGAACACUAUUCGUGGACGAGCUAAGGAUUUACGAGAUGGCACACUGUGUGACUAUCGGCCUGUGCUUCCUCUUAUGCUGGCCAGUUUUAUAUUUGAUGUCCUUUGUACACCAGUGGUAUCCCCAACAGGUUCCCGUCCUCCAAGUCGUAACCGUAACAACGAGAUGCCUGGGGAUGAAGAGCUGGGCUUUGAGGCAGCUGUUGCUGCGCUAGGCAUGAAGACCACAGUCAGUGAAGCAGAGCAUCCUUUGCUUUGUGAGGGAACCAGAAGAGAGAAGGGUGAUUUGGCACUAGCUCUAAUGAUUACCUACAAAGAUGAUCAAUCAAAGCUGAAAAAGAUAUUGGACAAGCUGUUGGAUCGUGAAAGUCAAACUCACAAACCUCAAACUCUUAGUUCCUUCUACUCUUCCAGUAAACCAACAACAGCCAGUCAAAAGUCUCCCUCCAAACAUGCCUCCCAGUCCACAACAGCCAUUAUAAUAUCAGGUAGCCCAGCCACGCACCAGCAGCCAGGUGUGAGCACCGCGGUCCAUGGAGGGAUUACUGAAAACUUCUCUGAGAAGAACACACAGGAUAGUUCCCAGAAAACAAGCAAUGAACCGGUGGAAGCACAAGUGUACAAACAGGAAGGAAAAGUACCAAGCCGUCUGGCACUGGGAAACCGAGGAGGAUAUAAUGGGAGGUGCUGGGGUUCACCAGUGCGUCAGAAAAAAAAGCACACAGGGAUGGCUAGCAUUGACAGCAGCGCGCCAGAAACUACAUCUGACAGCUCCCCAACACUUAGUCGCCGACCACUUCGUGGUGGUUGGGGUGCUACUCCUUGGGGACGAGGGCAGGACAGUGAUAGUAUCAGCAGCUCCUCAAGUGAUUCACUUGGUUCAUCAUCGUCUAGUGGGAGCAGGAGGGCAAGUGGUGGAGCCAGAGCCAAGACGGUAGAAGUUGGAAGAUACAAAGGCCGUCGUUUGGAGAGCCAUGCUCCCCAUGUCCCUAAUCAACCCUCUGAAGCAGCUGCCCACUUCUAUUUUGAGCUGGCCAAGACUGUCCUCAUCAAAGCUGGUGGGAACAGCAGCACAUCCAUCUUUACACAUCCAUCCUCCAGCGGUGGACACCAAGGGCCCCAUCGCAACCUGCACCUCUGUGCCUUUGAGAUAGGUCUCUAUGCCCUGGGCCUACACAAUUUUGUGUCUCCAAACUGGCUGUCUAGAACCUACUCUUCACACGUCUCCUGGAUAACUGGGCAGGCAAUGGAGAUUGGAAGUGCAGCACUAAAUAUUCUUGUGGAGUGCUGGGAUGGCCAUCUCACUCCACCAGAGGUAGCCUCUUUGGCAGACAGGGCUUCCCGAGCUAGAGAUUCCAAUAUGGUUCGAGCAGCGGCAGAACUGGCUCUGAGCUGCCUCCCUCAUGCACAUGCAUUGAACCCCAAUGAGAUCCAGAGAGCUCUGGUGCAGUGCAAAGAGCAGGAUAACCUGAUGCUAGAGAAGGCUUGCAUGGCAGUGGAGGACGCAGCUAAAGGAGGAGGUGUUUACCCUGAAGUCUUAUUUGAAGUGGCUCAUCAGUGGUAUUGGCUGUAUGAGCAAAUGAUGGGUGGCACUCCAGCGCAAAGAGAAGGAGCUACUGGCUGCAGUACAGGAGGUGCUCGUUCGGUGUCCGAGAUGGUGCGUGGACUUACAGACAGCAGGAUAAUACCGGAGACCUCCACUGUGACUGUGGCAACUGCAGUGACUGCUGCAACCGUAGUCCCGGUGAUAUCAGUUGGGUCAACGAUCUACCAGCAGCAUACGGCAAUGGCUCAUGCACACAGCCAGGGACUACACCCUUAUACUACUCUCCAGACACACAUACCCACUGUGUGUACUCCACAGUACAUUGGAAUCCCUCGUCAGCAAAUGCCACAGCCAACAGUCUUCCCAGUUCCUGGAACAUUGUACACACAGGGCGUUCAUCCAGCGUUCAUUGGAGCCCAGUAUCCCUACACAGUAACAACUCCUUCUAUUGCAGCUACAGCUGUGUCUUUUCCGGGGGCUCCUGUCCCUUCAAUGACACAGAUUGCUGUCCAUCCUUAUCAUACAGAAGCAGGGCUGUCGCUAACAUCCAACGUAGCAAUAGGGAGCGUUCACACAGGAACUACAUUUCCAGCAAUCCCUGGCACUAGCCUGACAACACUAACCACUCAACCCGCCCAGCUGGUUACAGGGAGCUUCCCUGUGGAGGAUGAGCAGCACAGUCAGCCCGUCAGCCCCCAGUGCUUACACUACCUCCACUCUGCCUAUCGUGUUGGGAUGCUGGCAUUAGAGAUGUUGGGUCGUAGAGCCCACAAUGACCACCCCAACAACUUCUCCAGAAGCCCCCCAUACACUGAGGACGUCAAGUGGCUGCUGAGUCUAGCUGCCAAGUUAGGUGUGAAUUACGUGCACCAGUUCUGCGUCGGAGCAGCCAAAGGUGUGCUGAGCCCAUUCGUACUACAGGAGAUUAUUAUGGAGGCACUUCAGCGGCUUAACCCUGCCCACAUCCAUAACCACCUGCGUACCCCUGCCUUCCAUCAGCUGGUGCAGCGCUGUCAGCAGUCUUACAUGCAGUACAUUCACCAUCGUUUAAUACAUCUUACCCCAGCGGACUAUGAUGACUUUGUAAACGCCAUUCGCAGCGCAAGGAGUGCAUUUUGCCUCACCCCUUUAGGAGCCAUGCAGUUCAAUGACAUUCUACAGAAUCUGAAGAGAGGCAAACAGACCAAGGAGCUAUGGCAGAGGGUGUCCCUGGAAAUGGCCACAUAUUCUCCUUGACCCUAAAAGAGACAUUUCUUUCAUCUUUUAAGUGAAUAGCAUACCACACGGCUUCCAUCUGCAGGACUUGGGCUCACCUCUAGCCGAGCAAAAGGACUAGACGACACCACCACAGGCUGGGGGCUAGAUGGUUACUCUGUAAAGCCUCAUCCACACAUCAGUGUUUGGUCAGUGAUUGUGAGCCAAAACCAGGAUUAGAGCCUCCACAGAGAUCAGGUAUAAGGGACGGAUCUGCACCUGUUCUGUGUUUAGCUCAGAAUCACUGAUGGAAAUCACUGACUGUGUGAAUGAGGCCUAACAGUGGAACUUGUGAACCAGCUCUAUGAUGUGUUGUGGAUCUCGGAGCAGCAGUUGUAUGAACUAUUUGUACAAGGUUGGAUUUUUUUUUUUAAUAUAUAAGAUUAUAUACACUAUUUUAGUUAAUGCAUUACAGCUCACAUGUCUAAUGUGUCAUUCCUUAUAUUAGAAGACCCAGGUUGACUUACCCUACCCUGGCUUUGAUGUUAUUGGUUGGGGCUUUGUUGAAGUCUGCUUCUCAUUUGUUAAAUAGGAUUUUUUUCAUAGUGUACAUUUGUCUUUUUUUUUUGUCAUAUGCUAAAUAUUUAUUUUGGCUUUUUAUUUGACACGUGUAUUCUGUAUCCCCUCCAUCAGUACAUAUAAUACCUGAAUUAAACAGCCCUUCUCACAGCCAAUAUUCAAAGCUAAGAAGUCUUCAAGGCAUAUGUAAAACACUGUUCUCCUGUAUUUCCUAAAGGAUUUGGUAUGUGUUUUAAUGCAACAGAAAGGGGAAUGUUUUUUGCCAACUGGGAAACUUAAGUAUGUGUGUUCUGUCUCCCCUGAAAGCAGAAUAUCCUCCUUUCUUUGGUUUUCCUGGUAGAUACAUGCAUUGUCGUCUUAUUUUUGUUUUCCUAAUUAAAAGGAAAAUAUUCUUUACAUCAA